AUGAGUUCUCAAAAUUCUUCAAGAUUAAUAGAAGAACAAGUAUCGGAACAAGGAUCAGAAAGUAACAAUGAUACCACUACUGCUUCUACUAUUAUGAAUAGUAAUGAUGAGGAUAACCAUAAUAAUUCAGUUGAAUUUUUUCCUGAUGAUAAAUUAUCAUCGUCAGCAACAAAAAUAUCAAAGGACAAAAUUGAUAAUUCACCACAAACUUCAACAUCAGCAUCAAAUAAUGAAACAAUAACCUCUGUGUCAAAAAAUAAAUGUUAUGGAGUUUUAAAUGAUAUGUUUAAAAUAAAUCUUGUUCCAAAUCUAUCAUUAAAAUCUUCUUCCAGUAACACUGCUACCACAUACACUCAUCGACUUUCAUAUAACACUAGAAAUAAUGCUUAUUAUGAAAAUAGAAAUUUGGAUGAUAUUUACAUAAGGGGGUGGGAACGUGGUGCUUUUAAAGCUGUUAAUAUGUGUCGAAAAGAGGAGAAUGAUUGGAAAAUGCAAUCGGCAAAUAUUAUAUGGAAGUUUGACUAUAGACCUACUAAAUUGGUAAUCAAUUCAAUAUCACUAAAAUUACGAUUUGCAACUUUUGAUGAAACAGCAUCAGUAAAAUGGAUGAUUCAAUUGACACCAACUAGAUCUAAUCCAAAUACAGAUUGGAUCUUAUUAGAUUAUAGUGACAAUACCAAUAAUAAUAUAUAUUGGGAAAGAAAUGAUAAUGAUGGACGUAAAGAUUUAACUGCUUUAAGAGCCUUAUUAUCAGGUGGUACAACUCAUUAUUGUUGGCAAAAAACACAAUUAUUUAGACAAGCAUUAACUAGUCCUAAUAAAGAUGAUCCCAAUAGUAGGAAUGGAAUGGCAGACGACGAUGAAAGUUUUGGGUUGGAUGUUAAAGUAGAAUUGAAGCCGCAAUUUAUUUGUGAAUUACCUUUAAAUAAUAACAAUAAUACAAUACCUUCUUAUUCCUCUCCUUUGCAGAAUAAUACUUCACAAAUCAAAAAACCAUUUAUACUUGAUGAUUUAUCAGAUAGUGAUUUUACAAUUAUUCUUGAUAAUGAUUAUGAUGGGAAUUCAAAUACUGCUACUACUUCAGAUGAUAUGGCUAUUUCAUGCAAAUACUUUAACGCAUUAAUCCAUUCACCAAUGAUUGAAUCGCAAAACCAUACACUUUUAUUGAAAGAUACUUCCUAUCAAACUAUGAAGACUAUACUUGAAUUUUUAUAUACGGGUGAACUAUCGUCAAUUAAUAAAGAUGAUGGCAAAGAUGAUAAAGCAACAACUGUACCAACAAGUGGAGUAGAACAAUGGAUUGAUUUGCUAUAUGUAGCAACAAGAUUUUUAAUCAAACCAUUAAUUCAACGAUGUGAAAAAGAACUUGGAAAAUUUGUUAAUAUGGACAAUGCUAAUGAAUUUGAACUAAUUGCUAAUGAAUGUGGUGCAGAUCAAUUAUUAACAUAUUGUAAGACACUUGAUUUCAAAUCACCAAAUUAUGGUGAUGAUGAUGAUUAUCUUUAUGCUACUUCUACUAGUAGUGUAGGUGGAAUAGUUCAUUAUCCAGAUUUUUUAAAUCUUUUUAAAUUUUAUUUAUUAAAAAUUAUUAUUUAA